UAUCUUUUAUGAUUUUGCACAAAUUUCCAAAAUGGCACGACGUUAUGACUCAAGAACAACUAUAUUUUCACCUGAAGGUCGUCUUUACCAGGUGGAAUAUGCCAUGGAGGCUAUAGGCCAUGCAGGCACUUGUCUGGGUAUUAUGGCAAAGGAUGGGAUUCUCCUGGCUGCAGAAAAAAGAAAUACUAAUAAACUUCUUGAUGAAGUUUCAUACUCUGAAAAAAUUUAUCGUUUGUAUGAUGACAUGGCCAUCAGUGUGGCUGGAAUAACGGCUGAUGCUAAUGUUCUAACCAAUGAGCUCAGGUUGAUUGCUCAAAGGUAUAUUCUUCAGUACCAAGAACCUAUACCUUGUGAACAGCUGGUCUCAACACUGUGUGACAUUAAACAAGCCUAUACCCAGUUUGGAGGUAAAAGACCCUUUGGUGUUUCCAUCCUGUACAUGGGUUGGGAUAAGCACUACGGCUUUCAGCUGUAUCAGAGUGAUCCUAGUGGGAACUAUGGGGGCUGGAAGGCAACCUGUAUAGGAAACAACAGUGCUAAUGCAAUCUCAUUACUCAAGCAAGAGUACAAAGAUGAAGAUAACUUUUCACUGAACUCAGCCCUAGAUCUCUCCAUCAAAGUACUCAGUAAAACACUAGACUUGACUAAACUUACUGCAGAUAAAGUGGAGAUCGCUACAUUGACAAGAAAAGACAAUAAAACUGUGAUGCGCAUUUUGCCAGAAAGUGAGGUGAACGUUCACAUUAAAAAAUACGAAGAGGAGGAGGCGAGGCUGGAAGCAGAGAAGAAGAAAGAGGCAGACAGGAAAAAAGCUGAAAAGAGUGACAAAUGAGCUUGUUAAAUUUAAUAUUUUAACUUUGAGUUUUGUUUGUUUAGUGGAAUGAUUGGAGAUGCGAGGUAUUAAACAUUAAGCUGUGUGGAUGGUGUUUUGUGAAUAGGCUUUUAUAACAAUGUUUUUUUCUUUGUGUUAAUACAUCAUUUGUUUCUAAA